AUGGCUGAACCAUCAUCCGCUGCUGCUACUGCAAGUGCAACGAGGAAAAAUAAGGCAGACCCAGGCUGGAAAUAUUGCCAUUCACUAGUGGAAGGAGAUACAAACACCAUUGUUUGUAAUUUUUGUGGAAAAAUCACUAAGGGAGGAAUAACCCGAGCCAAACAACACCUGAUUGGGAAGUCGGGCAACGUUGCAGCUUGCAAGAAAACUCCCCCAAAUGUAAUCGAAGAGUUGAAGGAAUAUAUGGCUACAAAAAAAAGUGGGACCACUUACAGUACUUCUGGCAGUGGUAAUAUGGCAAAUAUAAGAGAUUUUGAAUUUGGUGAACCGAUUGGAUGUGAUGGAAGUGAAGAAGAUGAGUUUGCGGACUCUUGUAAUGCUGCUGCAAGUGCAAAGACAAAAUGUGGGACUAAAAAAGGACCAAUGGACAAAUUCUGUAAGAAUCCAGAAAAUGCAAUCAAUCGGAGAAAAAUGGAGAUGCUGAGGCAAAUGAACAUAAGAGAGUCAAUGGAUAAGAAUGAAGUAUUGAAGGUGCAUCAACAUAUUGCUCGCUUUUGGUACCAAGCAGGUUUGUCAUUCAACCUCAUUAAAUUGAAAAGCUUUGAGAACAUGGUUGCAGCCAUUGGUCAAUAUGGGCCACAUUUGCCCAUUCCUAGCUAUCAUGACAUCAGAGUUCCACUCUUGAAGAAGGAAGUUGAAUAUACUGAAAAUUUGAUGAAAGGCCAUAGGGAGCAAUGGGUCAAGUAUGGUUGUACUAUUAUGUCCGAUGCAUGGACUGAUCGGAAACAAAGAUGCAUCAUUAAUUUUUUGAUUAACUCUCAAGCUGGUACCAUGUUUUUGAAGUCUGUUGAUGGCUCUGAUUUUGUGAAGACAGGUGAAAAGCUUUUUGAGUUGCUUGAUGCCAUUGUGGAGGAAGUUGGAGAAGAGAAUGUUGUUCAAGUUGUAACCGAUAAUGGGAGCAACUAUGUUUUAGCGGGUAAGUUGUUGGAGGAGAAAAGGAAACAUAUUUAUUGGACUCCUUGUGCAGCUCAUUGUAUUGAUUUGAUGCUUGAAGAUAUUGGGAAGCUUCCCUUGAUAAGGAAGACCAUUAGAAGAUCUAUGCCCAUUCUAGUACCUUAA